AUAAACGCAAUGGAGCUGAAACUUUUAUUGAAGAAGCUGGGCACAAUAAUCCGCGUCGUUCUCACGUUCCUCUUUGCUCUGUUGGUCGUGGGUGUGAUGGUGUGGGCUUAUGUCAAAGGUUUCCAAGUGGUGACCUCCAUGUAUGGAAUCAUCUCCUUUGGUUUUUAUGGAUUACUCCUCUCACUGCAUGUGUUGGUCCAAAGCUUCUUUGCUUAUGUUGAGCACAAGCGAAUGAGAGCCCGCACAGACCCAUGCACCUUUACCAAAAGCAUCGGGUUCACUAUAUCAGCUUACGAGGAGGAUCCUGUCUAUCUCAGAGAGUGUCUCAACUCCAUCAGGGCCCUCAACUAUCCACCUGAGCUGCUGCGGAUCAUCAUGGUGGUAGAUGGGAACUCAAAUGAUGACCGCUAUAUGAUGAACAUGUUCAGAGAGGUGUUUGCAGACCAGGAUCCUGGCUGUUAUGUGUGGAAGAACAAUUACCAUACAUGGGACCCCACCCAGGCCAUGCAGGAUGUGGAAAUGGCUGCAGCAAUCGGCUCGUGUGGGGAUGCUGACAAUGUUGUAAGAGUGGAUCCACAGCAAAAAGAGGUAGAACAUCUGAUCCAGAGCAAGAGGUGUGUGUGCAUCAUGCAGAAGUGGGGCGGCAAACGGGAGGUGAUGUACACAGCAUUUAAAGCACUCGGGUCAUCAGUUGACUAUAUACAGGUCUGUGACUCUGACACUAAACUGGACCCUCUGGCCACACUGGAGCUCUGUAAGGUGCUGGAGAGUAACCCCAAGUACGGUGCUGUGGGAGGGGAUGUGAUGAUCCUUAACCUGAAAGACUCUUACAUCAGCUUCAUGAGCAGUCUUAGGUACUGGAUGGCUUUCAACAUUGAAAGGUCCUGCCAGUCCUUCUUCAACUGUGUGUCCUGCAUAAGUGGUCCUUUGGGACUGUACAGGAAUGACCUCCUCCAGCAGUUUCUGGAGUCCUGGUACAAUCAGAUGUUUCUGGGGACUCACUGCACAUUUGGCGACGACAGACAUCUCACCAACCGUAUGCUGAGCAUGGGUUACGCCACAAAGUAA